AUGCGGACUCUAUCGCUUGUGCUGUUUUCGCUGACUGGGAUCUUGGCUUUGGAGAACGGCAGUGAUAAUGGAGGUGUUGGGGCGGUCCAAAUGCCAGAUUGCGCAGUAAAUUGCAUCAAAGAACAUGUACCCAACUCCGGCUGCGACCUGCCUCACAUUACAUGUCUAUGCGAUCCCGACUUCCGAACAAAGCACGGCCCUGCAAUCGCACCUUGUCUCAUCGUGUUGUGUGAUGCCAACGAGAUCAACAAAGUUCAGAAUGCUUGGAGAGAUCAGUGCGACGGGGUACCUAGCACGCAAAAGGACCAGGAGAGUGUCAAGUCUUUACGACGUUACCGUGCAGACUUCAAGAACGGAAGUAUCCAACAUCUUGGCUCGAGUCCUGGUCGAAAAGGCUUUAAUACCAACGACCAUGAUAUCGAUGCAAAAGCUGGCGCCAAGAUUAACCCCACUGAGGUCAACACCGAGACGAACCCCAACACCAACAACCUCGAGUUCAACCUCGAGCGAAACUUCAACUUCAACUUCAAGCUCGACCCCAAGACGAACGCCUACGCCAACGCCGAAAUCCUCGACGAGUUCUACCAGCUCAUCAGAAAGCGAAACGGAAUCGACAAGCUCGACAACGAGUAG